CCAACAUAACUAUUCAUAUGUUCAAAUAUCGUCAUCCGAGUGCAAUCAAAAUCUUGGCUUUCUCUGGAACGUAUCGGUUGUGAAUAAGAAUUCAAUACAUUUGUAGUUGUUGAGACUAAAAGUGUCAGUGUUUGGCUGGUCAGAAUAAGUGAAAAUGACGACAAAUGUAAAAAUCACUGUGGUGGGGGACGGUAUUGUGGGAAAAACGUGUCUCCUAAUUUCCUACACUCAGAAUAGGUUUCCAGUUGAGUAUGUUCCGACUGUGUUCGAACAUUAUGGUCAGAAAAUAUGUGUAGAUGAUGAAGAAUAUAAUAUGACCCUAUGGGAUACAGCAGGACAGGAAGAUUAUGAACGAUUAAGACCUUUAUCAUAUCCCAAUACCGACUGUUUUCUCGUCUGCUUUUCAGUGGAUCAAGGACUGGCUUCGUACGAAAAUGUUAUCAUGAAAUGGGUACCCGAAGUUCGGCACUACAAUCCAACAACCCCAAUUAUUUUAGUAGCCACAAAGAUAGAUUUAAGAGAUGAUCCGACACGAAGUUGUUACAGUAAACAAGAUGGUAAAAAAAUGAAGAAGAAAGCAAAGGCUCAUGCAUAUAUGGAAUGUUCAGCUAAAACUAGGGAAGGUUUAGAAGAAAUAUUUAUAGAGGCUAUCAGAAUCUACAGAAAGGCAAGAACGAAACCACAAGUUCGGCAAUGCAUUCUAAUUUAAGUGCUUUUAAAUACAAUUCAAAUGUAGUUUGAGAUGGUGAUGUUUACCAUAUUCAAUUUAUUUCCAUUCACAAUUGUAUUUGUACAAUCUGACAAGCUUAAGCAUGAUGAAAAUUUCGGAUUGACAAUUUCUUUGAGUAAAGUGGCUCAUAUGAUGAUUUUCUUUGACAUUUAUUGAAUAAUAAUUCUGUUCAAACAUGUUAUCUUUUUUCAAAUAAAAGGUGGGUUAAAACAUAACUUCCAUUUCACCAACAAUGUAUUUAUAAUAUAUUGAAUUAUAUUAGAAGUAUUUAUAUUGGAUAGUAAAAUAAAUUAUUUAUUUUCUUGUAAAAAAUGUGCACUACUAAAUAUAUUCUCUGAAUUAUA